UAUUGAGUGAAUUUGAAAAGUUUAUUUUCUUCUUUCCAUCGGCCCGAUUUCUUCUCCCCUUUUUCCCCCUUUCUACAUAUCCUCAAUGUGCUCAAAUUUCUUGCCCAAUUUUGUUCAAUUUAUCAAUUUCUGUUUCAUUUUCUUUUGAAUUACAUAUUUUGUUGCCAUUAUUUCUUGCUUAAUUUUUUGUGAGUGGGCCUGUGAUUUCAGUUGCUCUCAGUGCAUAGCGAUAUAAUGGGUUGAGUUGAAGAGUUUUCUCUUCUUUUGAUCGGUCCUAUUCACUAUAUAUUUUUUUUGGGUGAUACACAUUUCUAUGUCGUUACUUCUCGCAUGAUUUUUUAAUGAUGUGUCCGUCAUUUCAUUUGCCCUCCAUGAGCUUAACUCUACAGAUGGGUGCCUGGAUGUGCAGGGAGUGAGGAUGGUUCACCCGAUUUAUACAGAUAAGCUCUUUGUUUCAAUAGAUUUUAAUUUUCGGUCAUUAUAAAUAUAAAAUGCAGGUGACAUGGAAAUCUUUUUUUGAUUAUUCUAUCAGGCCAAUUUUACAUUUUUUUUCUUCAUUUGGGUCGGAUGAUUUUGUUGCUGCAAAUAUAUGCAUAGAAUUGGGCUACAAAAUGGCCCAAGUCAACAUUAGUCUUGCUGAUUUGUUUUAGGAUGUGAAGGAUAAGAAUUAAUUUGAUUAAACAAUUAUUUGUGAUUUUCUGAUGCUAUUUCAUCAGUCUAUUGCAGUAGUAUAAGGUCUAUUACAGUAAUGUGCAGUGUGCAGAUGUGAAAAAUACUGACCAGCUUUUUCUAGAAAUCUCUCAUUAGAAUGAUUUCUCUACAUGUAUUUAUAUAUAUAAAAGUUAUGAUUUGAUGUUUUUGGGGUGUCAUGAGUGGUAAAGUAAUAUUAUAUAUAUAUUUUACUAUGAUCAAUGUGCCAUUACUACAUGAUGCCCGUUUUUUAAUGUGAUGAGGAGAGAGAAGUUUGACGGUUUUGUGUAUCUGGUUGUUUCUUAUGCAACCAUUUCUUUUACAUUGUGAAUUUAGGUGAUAUUUUUUAAUAUAUGAGGUAUAUUUAAAAAAUAUUUUUCAAGUUUAGUGAUAGGUUUUCUGCAGUGUUUAUAUUUGAUGGUGUUCUUUUGUUUUGCUAUUUUAUACUCAACUACUUCUCUACUUUGUUGUUUCCUGUGUGCAAAAAAACUUUUCUUGCUGGUCAGUUAGUAAAACUUUUCUUCUGUAAACCUUUCUUUUGUUGUUACUGUUUGUAGCAUCUGUGUAUAAAUAGAUUCUAAGUUUUUAAUGCUUUUGGUCUUCCAUAUUCGUCAUAGCAACAUAUGAACAUUGCUUCUGCUAAUUCCAGUUUGCCAGGUCAUUAAACAAUAUAUUUUCUAUUCAUGUGGUUGUGUUGGAACAUUUAAGUUUUUAGCGCUUUUGAUCUUCCAUAUUUGUUAUAACAACAUAUCAAUAGAUACUUCUUUUCACUUCAGUUUGCUAGGUCAUUUCAGCAAUAUUUUUUCUGUUCAUGUGGUUAUGUUGGAAUAGAUAUUUGUACAUGUCAUUUUUAAGGUUUAUUCAUUUGUUUAGCUUGCAGUAAAUGUUAAUCUGGUUAUGCUUUAUAUCAUCACUUGGGAGUGGAUAGUUUUUUUUACACUUUUUAUAUUGAUGGUGUUGUUUUGUUUGCUAUUUUGCAUCCACAUAAUUCUUUACUUUGUUGUUUCAUAUCUUAAAAACCCGGACUGUUCAAGAAAACUUACUUUGUUGAUGAGUUUAUAAAACUUUAUUCUGUAAAUAACUCAAAAUGUUUUUUGUUCUCACUGUUUCUAUAUCAUUUGUUUGUUAAUAGAUUUUAAGCUUUUGGUGCUCUUGGUAUUGGAUAUCUGUCAUAUCAACAUCAACAGGCGCUUCUGCUCAUUUUAAGUUUGGAGUUUUCCAGAAGGUGUUAAUUUAGCUGGACUUAGUAUCAUCACUUGGGUAGUCUUUGUGUAUUCACUUGCUGCAUACCAGAUCAAGAUGUCGAGGAAAUUUGUCCAAAUUAAAGAAGUUGAUGACAAAACAUCAGCAUGGACCGCAAUUGUCCAGGUUGUGGAGAAGAGUCAUAUCCAAAUUAGCAAGCCCCCAAAAAAUCUACCAUACAGAAAAUAUUUGCUCACAGACUCAGAAGUUGCCGACCUGCAUUCUAAUCAACCCACCUAUGCAAAAGAAGCAGUUAAUUUAAACAAUGAACACAAAGCUGAAGUUGUACAUCUAAUUGAAAACAAAGCAUUCAUGAAUGCCUCUAUCCUUUUGCCACCACCAAAUAGCAAUCAUGUUGUCACAGUUCAAGCAGCUUUGCGUUCACUUAACAAAACAGUGAAAGCUACAUGGGUGCAAGGUCAGGUCACCAUGGUCACAAACCAGAAAUCCUUAUGGUUCAGUGCAUGUGGACAUUGUCACACUAAGCUUGAAGUUCCAGUUGGUUGGGAAGUGGAUUGCACAAUAUGCCAAGAACAAACUAAUGUAGAGCCGAGGUUUCUUGUGGCUAUUAAUGACGGAACAGGAGUAUUAAACGCACUCAUUUAUGCUGAAGAUGCUGAAAAGUUGAUUCCAUUUACUGCAUUACAAAUGUAUGAGGCUGAGAAAGAGGGCAACAAUUUGUUGUCAGAAAUCAUAACAGGCUUCUGGAAGAAAACUAUCACAUGCUUCGUUAGGCAUUAUGAGUCAUAUUAUGGAUAUCCUAUGGACAACUACACCAUAGAAAACCAAGUUGCGGCAGAUGAGCACCUGAUAACACCAACUGGUAGCCAAAUUCCAUUUGCAGGUGAUGAUUCGCCUUACUCCAGAAUGGAAAAGGAAGCAGAAAAACAAUCAGCAGGGAGCUCCACCAAGCGAAAACUAAUCUUCAGCGGCCCAAGUGAUUCCAAAGGUGAAACCAAUCAGGAAAAAUCGUCAAAGCAGCAUAUCGGCACUUCAAAUGUGGAACAAAAAGAUUUCAAUCCGAAAAAACCACAUUUUUCGGAUCUUUAACUUACACAUUAUAUUUUUAGUCAUUUGCUUUUGUAAGGGAGAUGACAAUAAACCCCAACUAUUUUGCGUAGUGGCAUUAUCUUAAAAAUAUUAUUGCUGAGUAAGCUUAUAGUGCUUAAUGAGCAUUAAUAUUUUGCAUUUUCAUUUAGCCACACAUUAGAAAAUACAUUUUGCACAAAUGACUGCAAUCUAUCUAUGUGUAUGGUUUGUGUGUUUGGUAUGUGUAUGUACCUUCAAGACUUCAAACAAACAUAUUUUGGUGUAAUAUUUUGGUGCUUGCAUAAAUAUAAGAAUGAUUGCUGCUGUAUGAGUUAUUAAGAUUCUUGUAUAUAGAUGCUAAUCAAAUAAUGUAAUCACUGGCACAGUCGGAGAUUGCUAGUCUUAUCUAUAUGUGAAGGAGUUAGACUCUUUGUGGUC